GCGGCUAAUGACAGGUGUACGUGCAGGUGUACAGCAGCCUAGUUAGAGCGAACAGCUGGAAAACGGGGCUAUAUAGUGCAUCGAAAUCUCGAUCGAUUGUAGUGGAUUUACUGUGGAAAGUCUGAGCCGAGCGUUGCUCCAACUCCAGGGGUACAGGGAGACAGAAAGCAAUGUCAAUGGCAGAGGUCUGUGAAAUUAGCAACAUUCUGACAAAUGUCAUGAAUACAAUGUAUGAGACUGAAGAGACGCAUUCAACAGGUCUUCUAAUGCCAUGUAAUCGAAGCCGGGACAUACUGAUGUGCCUGCCCCCUUUUGUGCCAGCGUCCACAGAGAUGCAAGGGCAGAUUCCGUGGCACAGCCUUCCUCCACAGCUGUGGUCCAGGCAGCAGGUACUCGAGUGGAUCAGCUACCAUGUAGAACAAAGCAAAUAUGAUGCUAGAAACAUUGACUUUACAGUCUGCAACAUGGAGGGCUCAGCACUGUGCCAACUGUCAUCAGAUCAGCUGCUUGUCAUCUUUGGGCCUCUUGGUAAACAGUUGUUCCAGCACCUUCGUGAGCUCAGCAUGAAGUUUGAAAUAGGGGAGUCUUCAGCAAUCGAUGACAUUAACAAACUCUUGGAGGAUGUCAGUGAACUGCUGCAGGAGGAUGAGCGCGAACUCAAGCUGCUUCUGCCACCAGAUGAGAGAGAUUAUAAACUGCUUGACACUGUCAUUCUGGACUGGGGGAAUGCAGAAGACAAGAAGUCUACCUUUGACUUGGGCUAUGAGUCUGCGCCUACAUCUCCUGACAGCCUGUCCAGCUCCCAUGCAGGUUCUCUGAUGUCUCACAGCCCCAAUUCUCCUGACUCCGGUGGAAGUGAUAUUGAUUUUGACAACAAUGACACGAAGUGCACCAAAGAAUCAUUUUUCAAGUGUAAAGGAAGUGACCUUGAGCCCUGCAGCAAAAGAAGGCGAGGAAGGCCACGAAAACUUAACAGGGAUGGAAAAGAGUACUUGGAAUCAAAGAGAAGCAAACAUUCUCCAAGAGGUACGCACUUGUGGGAGUUCAUUCGAGACAUUCUUAUCCACCCGGAGCUAAAUGAGGGACUAAUGAAAUGGGAAGAUCGUAGUGAAGGGGUAUUCAAAUUCCUCAAGUCAGAGGCAGUGGCCCAGUUGUGGGGGCAAAAGAAGAGAAACAGCAGUAUGACCUAUGAGAAGCUUAGCAGAGCUAUGAGGUACUACUACAAAAGGGAAAUCCUUGAGAGGGUAGAUGGAAGAAGGUUAGUUUACAAGUUUGGAAAGAACUCUAGUGGUUGGAAAGAAGAGGAACUGUCUUUGAAACAUCAGUGACUGUUGUGAAGUUAGAAGGACUUGCCUUUGCUGAUAUAGUGCCAGGGAUGGCUUGGCAUGUAGGAAUGAAGAGAAUAAAGAAAAGGAGUGCAUGGAGCUGUACACCGCUUCCCUGGGAGGCGUAGAAUGUUUCCUGCUGAGUGUUUAAGUGACUAUAGCCCAUUUGGGCCAUGACGUUGUGUGCAUGUGUAUGAAUGCAGCACUUUAUUUGUGGUGCGUAAAGUAAGCUGAUAUUUUGGCUUAAGUAGGUUGUUGUAACCAACAUUAUUUUUUAAUGGACCAGUUGUAACAAAUGGGGUAGCAGUAUGCGUCUCAUUGAGUAAGUAGCUGAAACUUCAGAAACAGAACCUGGUCAUUGUUGCCAAAUAAAACACUGAGGCAGAUAGAUGUCUAU